AUGACGACGCGUUUUCAGUGUCUAGUAUCGAGCGAUGAAUCUGAUCACUCAGAUGGAGAGAUUGUGGAUCGCCCUUCAGCACUCACAAGCGCUUUUGGACAAGAAGCUCCUGAAGGAGAGUACGAGACCAACAACAACAAUAACACCACUUCAGUGAUCAAACCCUCAAGUAAACUUGAGAUUGUCGACGGCAACAAAGAUGCACUGAAGAAGAAAAAGUUCAGUAUUUGGAGUGAGAUUCUGAUGGAAGAGGAGCUAAACGAGACGAUGAGCAAGUCGUUGGUUAUGAAAAAGAAACGACUGAAAAGACGAAUGAAGGCAAACGGUGGUGAACGAGAGUCCGACAAUUACCACACCUGGACGAAGGAGGACUUUGAGCGCAAGUUUGCCGUCAAAAAGACCCCGGCGCAGAGGCUGAAACAGAAGAAGGCCCAACUAAAACGAGAUGCCAUCACUGAGAUCUCCCAAAAGCUGAAGGAACGUCGGCUGGACAUUAUUGGUCGAAUCGUGAAGGUGAUUGGCGAAGAGGCGGCCAGGCGGUUGACCGCCGAAGUGCUGGACAUUGAAGACGCCGGCGGCAUGAUGACGGUCAACGGAAACCGGCGUCGAUCGCCCGGCGGUGUCCUCUUCUUCCUCGUCAAGAACGACUCCACUAUUAGUGAUGAGAAGAAGCGGGACAUCUUUUGCGAUGAACUCGUCAAAGAGGGCAACAAGAUCGACCGAGAGGUGAGAAAGGCGAAAGCAGAGGCCGCCAGCAAGAGAAGCAAGGGAAAGAAGAAAAAGAAGUCCAAGAAGAAGGGCAAGGGAAAGAACAAACAGGGCAACAAGGACUGA